AUGGGUUGCACGGCAUCGAAACUGGACAACGAGGAAACCGUGAGGCGCUGCAAGGAGCGGCGUCGUUUAAUGAAAUAUGCCGUCUACGCCCGCCACCACCUCGCGGCAGCGCACUCCGACUACUGCCACUGCCUCCGCCUCACCGGCUCCGCACUCUACACCUUCGCCGCCGCCGAACCCCUCGCAGUCGCCGACGACACCCCUGCCGUUCUCCUCCACAAAACCACCAAUAAUCCCCAGCCACCACCACAUCCUCCUCCCUCCGCUACCGCCUCAACAAGCCCUAGACUCCCUCGCAUAGUGACCUCCAUUGUCACGCGCCGCCGUCAACCGCCUUCGAGACUCCCUCACGUUCUCUCCGAAUCGAGCCUCUGUUCCUCGCCCCGAAGCGAGCAUUCGAACUGUUUCGCAACCGCUCCACAACAAGCUCAAUCCACACCUACUUCGCAGCCACCAGAUCCUCCUCCUCCCGGUGCCACCCGCCGCCGCAAACCGCCGCCGAAGCUCCCUCACAUACUCUCCGAAUCAAGCCUCUUCUCCUCGCCUCGAAGCGAAUACUCGAAUUUCUUCGCCACCGCGCACCAAGCUCAAUCCACGCCUACUUCGCAAACCUCUUCCGUUUGGAAUUGGGAGAAUUUAUAUCCUCCUCCUUCUCCUCCAGGCUCCGAUUAUUUCCGCCAACGCCAAACCAACAAACCACAAACGCCGAAUUUCGAAUCGUCGGAAUCGGAAUCUGAAUCGAUGUAUAAUCCAUUUCGUUCGAACUCUCAACGCAAUCACAAAAUUGAUAACACUACAAACGUCGCUUCACAUUCACAACAACAAAACGCAGAACCAGAUAUUUACGAAUCGGAACAGAAACACUUACAUGAACCGAUUCAAACGGAGCGCGAGGAGGUUCGGUGCAGCGAUUGGGAGGACCGUUACAGUCCCUCGAGUUCGUCGGAGCAGGAGGAAGAAGGUGCCGGAUUCUCCUCACAGUCUAAGACGGAGUAUGUAUCCGGAGGUCAUGCUUCGGCGGCGAAGGUCAGCGAUGACGUGGCGGAGCCGAAGGUGGCUGUGAGGCAUAGGGAUUUGAAGGAGAUUGUGGAAGCGGUUAGGGAGAAUUUCGAGAAAGCUGCAGUGGCCGGAGAUCAGUUAUCGGAGAUGCUCGAGGUUAGCAGAGCGCACCUUGAUCGGAGUUUCAACCAGUUGAGGAAAACACUCUACCAUUCAAAUAGUAUAUUGAGCAAGCUGAGCUCGAGUUGGACCUCUAAACCGCCGUUGGUUGUUAAAUACCGGCUCGACGCCGGUUCGUUGGACGGACCGGGCGGUUCGAAGAGUCUCUGCUCCACUCUGGAACGCCUUUUGGCUUGGGAAAAUAAGCUGUAUCACGAAGUGAAGGCAAGAGAAGGUGUGAAGAUUGAGCAUGAAAAGAAAUUGUCAGCCCUGCAGAGUCUAGAGUGCAAAGGUGGUGAUGAAGCAAAGCUGGAUAAGACCAAGGCUUCCAUAACAAGGUUGCAGUCAUUGAUUGUUGUCACAUCUCAAGCUGUAUCCACCACCUCAGCUGCCAUCAAUGGCCUUAGGGACACUGAUCUUGUUCCUCAGCUUGUUGACCUCUGUCAUGGAAUCAUGUAUAUGUGGAAGUCAAUGCAUCAGUACCAUGAAAUCCAAAGCAACAUUGUGCAGCAAGUCCGUGGCCUUGUGAAUCAAUCAUCCAAAGGUCACACAACGUCUGAAUCACACAAGCAAGCAACAAGGGAUCUUGAAUCAGCUGUGUCAGCAUGGCACUCCAGUUUCUGCCGUCUCAUAAAGUUUCAACGUGACUUUAUCCUUUCUCUGCAUGGCUGGCUAAAGUUGAACCUUAUUCCAGUCAACAAUGACAACAACAAUAACACUGAAUCAUCUCACGUUUUUUCCUUCUGUGAUGAAUGGAAACUUGCCCUUGACCGUGUUCCAGACACAGUUGCUUCAGAAGCAAUCAAGAGCUUCAUCAACGUUGUCCAUGUGAUAUCUGUGAAGCAAUCUGAGGAGCUGAAGAUUAAGAAGAGAAGUGAGAGUGCCUCCAAGGAACUUGAGAAGAAAUCUUCAUCUCUGAGAAGCAUAGAAAGGAAGUUUUACAACUCAUAUUCUAUGGUAGGCAUUACCCCUCCUGAGUCAGGGCCUGGUAAUGGACAAGGCUUGGAUGCAAGAGACCCUCUUGCUGAGAAGAAAGUAGAACUGGAAUCCUACCAAAGGCAUGUUGAAGAUGAAAUGAUGAAGCAUUCAAAAGCUGUUGAGGUGACUAGGGCUAUGACACUCAACAAUCUUCAGACUGGCUUGCCUGGAGUGUUCCAGGCAAUGGCCAGUUUUUCUUCAUUAUUCGCUGAGGCCCUUGAGUCAGUAUGUAGCCGUUCACAUGCCAUGCAGUAG